AUGCCUGCGCUUGACAGUCCAAUGCUCAGUGAGGACACCCGCGUCCAGGGCUACGACCCCUUAAUUCCUCCUGCCCUCCUACAAAGCGAAGUCCCCGCUUCUCAGACCUCACAAGAGACUGUGUCCAAAGGCAGAAGAGAAUGCAAAGAGAUCAUCCACCAGAAUGAUGACCGCCUUUUGGUCAUGGUCGGUCCCUGCUCGAUUCACGACCCUGCCACAGCCCUUGAAUACGCUGGCAGGCUCAAGGAACUGAGCUCCAAGCUUUCCGGCGACCUAUGUAUCAUCAUGCGAGCUUACCUCGAGAAGCCCCGAACCACGGUUGGAUGGAAGGGUCUCAUCAACGAUCCUGAUAUUGACGAGUCUUACAAGAUCAACAAGGGUCUGCGAGUCUCAAGACAAUUGUAUGCCGAUCUGACCGACAGUGGCAUGCCCAUUGCCAGCGAGAUGCUCGAUACUAUAUCUCCGCAGUUCCUUGCUGAUCUCAUUUCACUUGGGGCCAUUGGUGCCCGCACGACAGAGUCUCAGCUUCACCGGGAGCUGGCAUCUGGCUUGUCGUUCCCGAUCGGCUUCAAGAAUGGUACGGAUGGGUCUUUGGGUGUUGCCAUUGACGCUGUUGGAGCUGCAGCAGCAAGACAUCAUUUCAUGGGUGUGACCAAGCAAGGUUUGGCCGCGAUCACGCGGACCAGUGGCAACGAGGACGGCUUCGUGAUUCUGCGAGGAGGUACAAGAGGUACCAACUUUGACGCGGAGAGUGUUAAGGCUGCCCGGGAAGCUCUGCGGAAGAAAGGCCAGAAAGAAGUCAUGAUGAUCGAUUGCUCACACGGUAACUCCAAGAAAGAUCACCGCAACCAGCCCGGCGUCGCACAAGCCAUCGGUGACCAGCUUCGCCAGGGAGAAGACGCCAUUGUAGCAGUCAUGAUUGAAUCCAACAUCGAAGAGGGCAGUCAGAAGGUACCGCCUGAAGGUGGGCUGCCCAGUCUCAAGAAGGGAAUUAGCAUCACCGAUGCUUGCAUUAACUGGGAUACGACAGUCGAGGUCUUGGAGCAGCUAGCUGAUGCGGUGCGCGUGCGCAGGGAAGUCAAGAAUCAAAAAGCCAAUGGAGCUGUCAAUGGCACCAACGGACAUUGA